CUCCAGUCUUCGCGGAAGGAAAUGUUUGUAACACCCGCCAAACGUUAUUUUAUUGUGGCUCGGUUUGCUAGCUACUGAUGGCUACUAAUAUCAAUAUACGGAAGCGAGAUGAAAACAGGCCGGAAAUGGAAGUCCAGCUCUCCAGAGCCUACACGUGCAAAAGUUGCCAAGAGGGAUCCAAGAGCCUAUGCUGAAAGCAGACUGACCUUCAGUCCAGAGAAAAGGAUUUUCACUCCCAGCAAAAGAAAAGUCCCAAAUGUAUCUUCUCCCAGAAGGCUUUCACGUAGAUUUAAGUGUCAUGGCCAAGAAACAGGUACUGCUGAGAGUGGGCUUGACAUGGUACAGUCUUCCAGCAGUCUGGAGUCAUCCCCCCUUCAGUCCGAGGUGGACACAGAGCUGGGACUGGUCAUCAGACUGGAUGAAGAGGGGACCAGGGAAGCAGAGCAUCUGAGAAAAAAGAGUGGAGGAAAACUGAUGAAAGGAUUACAAACAAAUGAUAAUAGAGCAAUGGCAGGUAACGAGAGAGAUGUUGAAGGAUCCGAUCUGGAUGAGGACAGCGAGGAAGAGUUCAGAAAACUGGACAGGGAUUUAGCCAUCAAGUCUAAACAGCACAACCUGACUUCAGUCCACGUGCGCAGCAUCAUUCAUGAGGUGAUCACCAAUGAGCAUGUAGUAGCCAUGAUGAAAGCUGCUAUCAGAGAGACCCAGGACAUGCCCAUGUUUGAGCCCAAAAUGACACGUUCAAAGCUCAAAGAAGUUGUUGAGAAAGGGGUGGGAAUGCCAAAUUGGAAUAUCUCACCUAUCAAGCAAUCAAAAGAAAUGAAGCCUCCUCAGUUUGUGGACAUUCCUCUUGAGGAUGAGGAGGACUCUUCAGAUGAAGAGUAUUAUCCUGAUGAGGAUGAAGAGGAUGAGACUGCAGAAGAGACUAUCCUCGAGAGUGACAUGGAUAGCAUAGCAUCAUCACCACGUAUCAGUAGACGAGCUCGCUCUUGUACACCCAUAGAGAUCUCAGAGUGCGAUGAAGAAAGAAGCAACAGUCCACGAAUGAAGCAAAGGCACUUGAGAGUAGACGCAGUGCCUAUGGGCCCUCCUGCUCCACCAUCCCAGUCUGGUAUCCCUUCUCGGCCAACAAGGGGUCUUGAUUCAUUUAUGGAGAAACUGCAUGCUGUGGAUGAAGAGCUGGAGCUCAGUCCCCUCAGCAUGGAGCCUUAUUCGACUCUGAGUAGUGGUGAGAAUGCUGAGGAAAGCCUGGUGGCAUGCCGGACACGAUCCAAGCGUCCCUUGAGGGAUGUCCCAUUGGACCAGCUAGAGGCCGAGCUUAAGGCUCCUGACAUCACACCAGACAUGUACGAUUGUGUCUCAUCACUGGAGGACAAAGAAUGGAGCCAGUGGCUGCAGGGACUCAUGACUUCACACUUGGACAAUGAAGAAGACGGUGAUGAUGACGAUGAUCCCGAAUAUAAUUUUCUUGAAGAUCUUGAUGAGCCUGAUCUAGAGGACUACCGCAACGACCGUGCAGUUCGCAUUACUAAGAAGGAAGUUAACGAGCUCAUGGAGGAGCUGUUUGAGACGUUUCAGGAUGAGUUGGGAGUAAAUGAGGAUGAAGAAGCCCAUGAGGAAGAUGAGGAGCAGGAAAAAGAGCCCUCACAAAGCCUUGCUAAAUUCAAUAUUCCUCAAGCAAUUCGAUUUGAGGAGCCUCUGGUGCACAUGUUGACCGUGUGCAGACGUACAGUCCGUGAGCAGCUGGACGCUCUCCAGCAGCGUCGAGAACACCAGAGCCGACCACACCAUAAUGCACCAGGGCCUGCCAUGCUCCUCAUCCCUCCUCCCUGUACGUUGAUGGUGACACCUACUCAGAAACGGCAGCUGCAACAGCAGGUCCAGCAGCAUGUCCAGUUGUUGACGCAGGUGAACAUGCUGUGUCGUUCUGUGGAGGCAUUACAGAGCCAGGCCGCCACCACCAAACUUUUCUUGAUGGAGUUGCAGUCAUUUGCAGAAAGGGCAGAGCAAGUGAGAGCCGUGGUUGAGCCUGGGUUCAAGAGUGCAUUUCGAGUGUGUAACUUCCAGCCGUCUCUGGACCUGCUAGAAGAGCUGGAGAAAACCCAACCCACUCCUCAGCCCAGAAGUACAAAAUCGCAUGCUGUGCAUCGCUACCCAUUUCUUCCACCUCACCUGGCCUGGCUGUUUGCUACUAGGUCAGUGUUCUUGUACCCAGAGUUACUGCCCCAUUGCAGCCUGGACCCUGCCCUGCAACCCCCACGCAGCAAGACUAUUUACACAAAGGGAGAGGAUGGUCUGAUUGUUUUGGGGCUGAAGCACUUCAGUGAGACAGAAUUCCCCUACCAUUUAAUGAGUCAGUACCUUCUUCAGCCUAAAAGGGUGGAGCAGCUACGUGUCCGUGUGAAAGACAUGUGUUCGAGCAGGGCUGCAGACAACAUCAUCAAGUUUUACUGUCAGAACCACACAGUUCCACAAUUACCUGUGGCCUGCUGUCCAGUUGUUGCAGGAGAAGAGCGCCCACCUGUGGAGAGAGAUAAGAACAUCAUGCCAAACUGGCUUUUGAAAAGUUUGCCAUACAUACAUAAAGCAGUGUUUCAGAGACCAUCAGAAGAGACAUCAUCAUCUAAUAUAAGGACACAUUCACCUCUUCCAUCCUUUCCUGAGGGAACAAAGUACCCAUCGUCCCUCCCUAAAGGUUUAACUCUGCAACUGCAUCCCUCAGCCAAGCGUCAAAGUCCUGCACGACCAUCCAAGCCUCGUCCUCUGCAUGGUUUUGCACGUCCUGCUUCCACACCAUUAGCAAAGGCUCCUCUGUGCCCUGUUGGUACAAUUAAUUUAUUGUCCCAUGUCCCAGCACCCCUUCCCUCUCAAAGUGUAAUACUGUUAACUCAAAGCCCCUUAAUUCCAGUCAAUGAGGCUCUUCCAGUUAACCCGGUGACCACAACCCCAGCUCAUGGAACAGUGCCAUUAAACUCUGUUGGUCCUGUUAACUUCCAGUAUAUUGUUCCACAGCAGGGCUGUGUUAACCCCACAGAGCCUCCUCCUAGUUUGCCCCCAGCUUCAGUUCAGAUACCUUCAACUCUAGCUGUAGCCUGUAAUGGGCCUAUCCCCACUAAUGGGGUAGGUAAGUGCAUAAACACACUGCAGACAAAAGCAGAAAUGCCUAGAAAACAAAUCAUGCCUAGAAAACUGCUUCCCAUUCAGCCUUCCCCUUUUAAUCCAAUCCAGAUGCACCAUCAUACCCCUGUUAGUAUGACACUGAGCACUACAGCACCAACUGUUACAGCUGCUAAUUUUAUAGAUAACAGCUCAAAUGCUGCUCCAUCUAUGGUCAUCAUCCAGCCUUCCACCUUGCUGGAUACUCCUUAUGUUCCUCCACCAGCAAACUCACAAGGAUUGGUCAAGUCCUCGAACACACCACCCCCUCAGGAUUCAUUUACUCAACAGACCAGUGGUCUCCCUUACUCUGGAACACUGUCCAGGCCACUGUUGCCUAGCAACAGUGUCAGAAUGUCAAGCCCAGACACUAAUAAGGAGCCACUAGACAGUGAGUUUAAACUGAAGUCUAGUCCUGUGUUUUUCUCACACACCCCUUCACCUCCGCUUCACAUGGCUGAAGACCUCAAAUCAAGCCCUAGCGUGCAAAGUGUGGGUGAUCAGGAACAGUCCUUACCCACAGUGAAAGGUGAAUUUGCAUAUGAUCAAAUUGUGUCAAGUUACCAAAGCAGCCCUUUGCCAGACACUAUAGUUAAUAGCAUAAACACUGCAAAUCUUGACUCUGGUUCUUUAGUGCCAAGAAGUAGAAGUAUUAGACAUACAUCACCCACCACCAGCCCUCGAGGCCUUUCUGCUCACAGUGAUGUACCUAGUAAUUCUCAGUAUAUGCUACUUCAAGCACCUUCACAGGUGGGCACACCACAAUCCUUUCUACUACCCAUAACCAGUCUGAUCCCAACUCAGCCUCAGUUGCAUUUUGCUAAAGGUGAAAGCAAAGUGCUUCAUCAAAAAACCACACAUGACAGCUCUAACCCCUGUUCUACAUCAAGUAUGCCAAAUGUCAGAGAAGAUCAUUUAUCACUCCUUACUGUUGGACUGCCUUUGGAAGGCACUAUAAGCCAAGCCCCAGGUCUGCCAAGUACAGAAAUGGGUGAUGAGGAAUUGUGGAAAGAGGACAUGGAGGCAGGAGCAGAGGUAGGUGGGGAAGAUAUGGCAAGUGCUCUGUUUGCAAGCCCCCUCCUUAAGCUGUCUGAGUCCCCCUGUAGCUCACACUCCAAUUUGAGCAAAAUCAGCCAUAUGGAAAGCAGUACAGACACUAUGAUGGAGAGCAGCAUAAACAUUAGAGAACAGCACAGCAGACACUUCAGUCAAGAAAGUGUUGAUGGCACAACUAACUCUCCUGCUGACACAAACAGGAGUGAAGGACAAGUUAGUAGAACAGGUGAAGUACCAGGACUGCUCACUUUUACCUCUGGUACUGAAAACCAGGAACCUCCUGGGGGAGGAGGGGGGAUGAACAAGAAUUACGGAGGAGAAGAGGGAGAAGGGCAUCCGAAUGAAGAAAGUGAAGGAGGAGAAGAGAGGGAUGCAAAUGAUCAAGGUGAGAGAAGAGGAGAUGGGGAUGGUGGAAGAGAGAGCCAAGGGAAUGAAGGAAGGGAUAGAAAUGAUGAUGAUAAGGAUGGAGAUGGAGAGCGUGAAGAGGAAGAGGAGGACUUUGAUGAGCUCACACAGGAUGAAGAUGAAGAGGAAGUGAUGUCAUCAGCAUCUGAGGAAUCUGUUCUCUCUGUGCCUGAACUGCAGGAGACGAUGGAGAAACUGACUUGGCUGGCAUCCGAGAGGAGGUUAUGUGGGGAAGGGGAUUCAGAGGAGGACAACUCUCCAAACUCGCCCACCUCCCCCACCUCGCCAAUCUCGCAAAAUUCACAGGAAGAGAAUUCAGAAGAUGAGGAGGAUGGGGCAAUAAAGGGUGAAGAGUUGGAGCCCACAGAGGGAGAGGGAGGAAAACUACCUGAAGGAGAUGCACCUCAGGAGGAUGACCCUCCACAGAUCAGUGGGAAAGGAGCAGGACGUGGUAGAGGUCGUGCUCGCCCCCCACCCCGCAGCCUUAGGAAAAGCAGGCGACAGGACCGGGGCAGCAAGGACACUUCAAAACUCCUCCUGCUCUGUGAUGAUCACAUCCUGGAUAAUGAUCCAAUGAGGGAGAGCAAGGACAUUGCUUAUGCCCAGGCCUACCUCAACAGGGUGAGAGAGGCAUUGCAGGACACUCCAGGCAAAGUAGAGGAAUUCUUGUGUUUGCUGUAUGAGUUUGAGCAGGGAAGUGAGAGUCGUAGUGUUGUUGAGCUCUUCCGUCAACUCAAACCUCUACUCAAAGACUGGCCGGAGUUGCUGAGGGACUUUGCUGCUUUUCUUCUUCCAGAGCAGGCUCUGGAGUGUGGCCUGUUUGAGGAGCAGCAGGCCUUUGAGCGUAGCAGAAGGUUCCUAAGGCAGCUGGAGAUCAGUUUUGGGGAAAAUCCUACUCACUACCAGAAGAUUGUGAAAGCUCUUCAGGCUGCAUCUGCCCCCACCCCUGCAGGGGUAGAAGAGCUCAAAACACAGAUGGCCACCCUCCUUAAGGGUCAUACACACCUGCAGGGAGAGUUCUAUGCAUUUUUUGAUGAACUCCGCCCACCACCAGCACGUCCAGGACAGUUUGAGGAAGCAAUCUGGCCUGAGGACGGAGGGAACAUGACAGAAGGAGGUGAUGGAUUGAGUCUGGGGAGUGGUGGGUUUGAGGAAGUCACACUCCCUGAUCUGGAGGAGGAAGAAGAAACACCGAAAAUUCCUCAAAUAACAGGAAAGAGCAGGAAAAGGAAAGAACUAGGUACACAUAGGAACUACAAGCAGGCUUGUAAUUGGCCAGAGAAGCACUGCCCCUGCCAUUGUCAUUUCUCUAGUCAUGAUGCUAAGCAUCGCAGACACAAGAGGAAAGGCUGCCCUCGCUGUCAUGGCAUCAAGACCACGGUUGGAUCCAAGUCACUGAAGACUAGUGAUCACUCAUUCCCGACAGCAGACCCUCUACCUGAGAAGCAGGAUGAAAGAGAGGAAUCUGAAAAAGGAGUAGAGGAAAAGAAAGAGACGGAGACUGAACUUAAAGACGAGUCUGGUAGCGGGGCAAACAGUCCACAUCAUGGGCCAGAAGUACAAGCAUGGGAGUGCACUGAGGCAGACCCUUUAGCCAACCCUGAGGAAAGGGAUGCUGAUGAAGAGGAAGAAGAUGAGGAAGAUGAGUGGAAGGAGGGAGGACAAUGUUCCUCUCCUCAUAAAUCUACAAGAGAAGAAGAGGUUCCAGCCACUGAACACUCAGACACAUUUGUUCAGCCAGGAGAGAAAGAGAUGGCACAGCAGAGCAGGCAGAGUCCCUUAUCAGAAACACCUGUCUGUGCCAAGAACAUCUCCCUAACUCCCAGUGGAGAGAAAGUUGUUCUCUGGACCAGAGAGGCAGAUCGGGUCAUUUUAACAGCCUGUCAGCAGCAAGGGGCCAGUCAGAGCACAUUCCAGUCUGUGUCAGCACAGCUUGGUAACAAAACUGCCAAUGAGGUUUCCAAGAGGUUUCGGGACCUGAUGCGGCUGUUUCAUACCUCGGCUUGUCAAGCCAGCUCAGAUGAGGAGGCCACUGAACAGCAGUCAGCUACUGAUGAAGAGCAGGACUGACACACACAUCUCUGAGAGUGGGCUUUUAACAGACCAGCUAAAGACACUUGGGCUGAAAUUGUACAACAUGACUUGCACAAUGCACAUGACUAGCACAAUGAGCUAUGGAUGUCGCAUAUUAACCUUACACAGAUAAAUUUAUCAGACAAACUGCCAUCAACCUGAUUAUACAUCAGGGACACUGUUUUAUGGCAGUCCUGAAAAUGAACAUGCUGAGGUUUAACAGUUCAGUUUAUCACCAGCUAAUUAACUAAGAACGGCAGCUACUUGUUCUAUUAACAGAGGAAAGACUUUAUUUCCCCUUCACAAUAUACAUAUUGUAUACAUUAUAAAUAUAAGGUUGGGCAAGACCCAAAUAUGUACAGUAUUUUUUACAUAAGAAGUACAUUUUCUUUCUUGUAUGUUUGAGGUUUUGAUGAAGAGAAAG